GAGACCAUAACCCGAUCGACACAAUCGUAGAUCGGCUUCCCGCUAGUGUUCUAUUAAAUGUUUAAUUUAUUAACUAAUAAAAUAAUCAAAAUCGGUGACAACAUCGCAAAAAAAUUCGAUGUUCCCUAAUAAUAUCGAAUAAAAAUCGAUACACAUCGUGUGCAUCACCGAACCAUUCCGAAAAAAUCCGAACUCGCCCGCCAACCAAAGUCUAUAUAAUCCUCUGUCAAAUUAGUUCCAAGUUCCUGUCUUUUCUCUUCAAGUCUCGCAACGAAACAAGUUAAUUUUGUUAUCUGCGUGUCGAGCUUAUUUAUUUCCUUAAAAUGGACGCUGCAGUCGUGCGGGAAAUUUGCAGGCUGUGUCCGAACAAAACUCAGUUAAAAAGUAUUUUUGAUGAACCCUUUUCAGGCAAUAUUAAUAUUAAAGAAGCAAUUUUCAUUGUUACUGGAAUUGAGGUGCUGGAAAACGACGAAAUAUCGGUUAAAAUUUGCAAUCGUUGUCUCAAAAUAACAACGGCAAUGGUCAAGUACCGAAAGGAUGCUAACCGUCAGGACAAAUUUCUGAGGAGGAAAUGCAACACUGAUGCAAGGAUUAAAAAAGUAUUACCAUCCACAUCUUCUGCAAAAAAGACCAAAAGGGACUUGGAUGUCCAUAAAUCCAUUGCACAAAUUUCAAAUCUUUUCCCAACAUUAAAACUACCUUCGAUCUGUAAAAAGCAAGAUAUGGCGGCAUUCAUUACACUGCCAUUGGGAGAGGUUGAAAAGUACUUUAAAGACCGAAAAUUGAACAUGAAUCAAUACAUUUGGAAGUCACCAGCACCUCAUGAUAAAUCAACUGAAACUAGUCGCGCAUUUUUAACGUUUAAGCCAAGUGCCACAUCGACUCCAAAGUCGAGGAGUAUUAUUCUUCUGUCUGACGACGACAAUAAUAUAAAUGCAUAUCCUUCAUCAGGCUCUCCGACGGCACCUGAAAUUAUAUCAUCGGUAAAUACCAGUAGCGACCCAAUCACUGAACCAGUUCUCCCUAUCAAUUAUGGACCAUUUAAUAUUGCUUAUAAUUUUGAUAAAUCACCUGAAACUAAUGAUAAAUCGGGAGCAUGGGAUUGGGAUAGUUUACCACCUGUGAAUGUCGGAAAGAAAUCUUCAAAAAUCGAACCCGUGGUCACCGAUAGUAAACCAGUCGCAAGCUCUUCAGUACCAAUUCAACUGCCUGCGAUCCUCGAAAAUAAUAAUCCACAACCUAGCUCUUCCCGAUCAAAUGACACACAGGCUGUUAACUCACAAACUCCUAUGCUACAGGCCCUUUUUGAUAGAGUUCCCCAUGCAGCGGUGCCAAGAAAGCCACUGCGAAUUCGAAAGAGUUAUAGUGUAUAG